AUGCGGCAUUUUGUUUUCAUUGCUACCUAUUUGGGCGGCAAGAUGUUGGUUGCGAAGUUAAAUUCCCAUGUUGGAGGAGUUAAUAGUGCUCAUAGCCAAGCUGUCAAGAAGGGUGAAGAUCUACUGAAGGAAAAGCAACACAUUCAAAGGAUUAGCUUUCGUGGUCACGAUGAAUCUCAAGGUUCAAGUGAUAAAGGAAAUUUUCUUGAGCUUGUACAAUUUUUAGGGGAUCACAAUGAAUCUAUCAAUGAAGUGUUGCAAACAACUCCGAAAAAUUGCAAGCUUACCCACCCGGAUAUUCAAAAAGACAUUGUGAAUGCAAUUGCACGUGAAACAUCCAAAGCCAUCAUCAAGGAUCUUGACAAUGGAUUCUUUUCAAUAUUAGUUGAUGAGUCACAUGAUAUCUCAGUGAAAGAACAAAUGUCCCUCGUUCUUUAUUAUGUGAACAAAAAAGGAAUUAUUAUAGAGCGGUUCCUUGGUAUUGUACAUGUUGCAAUUAGUAAUUUAGUAACUGUUGUUGGAGACUCUUGUAAGAGACGAGAUGCUCUUCGAGAUGCACAAUUUGCCAAAAUUAAAGAAAAUUUAGAGAAUGGUGUACGUAGAAGUGGGCAAGUCAUAGAUAUGCAACUUCAAGAGCUUAACAACCGUUUUUCUGAGGCAAAUACCGAUUUGCUACUUUGUAUGGCUUGCUUAAAUCCAAGUAAUUCAUUUGUGGCUUUCGAUAAGGAAAAGUUGAUUCGUCUAGCUAAGUUCUAUCCCUCUGAUUUUCUUGGGACAGAUAUUUUGGCACUUGACUCUCAACUACAAAAUUACAUUUUUGAUAUGCGCAAUAACGACUUCUUUUUAGAGCUUUAA